GAAACGAACUCCCCUCCUCUCCCUUUCUCCUUUCUCUCAGUCCGGCGCUCGAUUCCUUCCUCUCCGCCGAUUGGCGACCCAAAGCUGCGAUUUUUCGGCUCUCCCCCCGAUCGGAGUUCUCUUCGGGCCAUCGGAACCGCACCGCCGCGGCCGCGAGCUCCGGAGCGAACUGCGCGGCGCGAAGUCUCGUGCCGUGUGGCGCCCCCGCCGCCGCCGCCAAUGCUCGGCGCGCGCAGAGCUGCCGCCCCGCCCCCGCCGCCUUGCUGCGAUACGGGCGCGGGGCGCGAUACGGGGCGCUGAGACCGGCCUUCCUUGGCUUAUAGGCGGUACCUGAGCCCCUUGGCGCGGAGGAGUUCUUGGCCCAUGCGUGGCGAUGGCGGUGGUGGAAGCGGCGCGCGCCACCCGCUCGAUCUUCGUUCUCUGAGAGGCGCUUCUGCGGAUUCCGGUGCAAUGUGGGUCGUGGUCGGGUUGGCGCUUGGUCUAAUAGUGCUCGAUCUCGGGCGUCUUUCGAGCAGGUGAUGAUGCAACUAUGAGGGUUUCUUUGAGGUGGUACCGCUGCAGCCACCAAUGGAUGCCCCAGAUAAAACUUUUGCUGAUGUAGUUAAGCUUUUGACAUCAUGGCUGCCACGUCGGUCCAACCCAGAAAAUGUCUCGAGGGACUUCUGGAUGCCCGACCACAGUUGUCGAGUCUGUUAUGACUGUGACACACAGUUCACCAUAUUUAACCGCAGGCAUCAUUGCCGUCGUUGUGGGCGGAUUUUCUGUGGUAAGUGCACAGCGAACUCCAUCCCAAUUUCAAGUGACCCUGACAGAAAUGUCAACGAGGGGGACAAGAUUCGGGUCUGCAACUUCUGCUUCAAGCAAUGGGAACAAGAAAGAAUCACAGCUUUAAAACAGGUGCUGCCAGUGCUCAGCCCUUCCCUAUCUGAGGCGAGUUUGUUCAGUACAAAGUCAACUAUCACCAUUAAUAGUGUUAGCACAAUGGCUGGCUCUUACUCUACUGGAAAUUAUCAGCAUGUGGCUUGUACUUCCAGCAUUAGUCCUCCGAAAUGUUGCCAAGCCAAAACCUCCCAUAAUAUGCAAGACAGCCAUGUGCCUGAGAAAAGUAUGUCCACUGUUUCAAACAAAGAUGACUCUUCUUCAACUCAGUUUGGCUAUUUCACAAACAGGAGUGACGAUGAAGAUGAAGAAUAUGCUGCUUACUGCUCUGGUAGGCAGGUACAACAUCAACAACACAAUGAACACUACUAUGGCCCAGAUGAGUUUGACGAGCUUGAUCCAUCCUGCAAUUCAGCAAUAUCACAUACAGUUGAAGAAAAUAUAAUUUCUAAAGAGGCAUUACCUCAUGUGAUUGACCAAGGAUUCCCCAGCACAUUCCCUGUCGCCAAACUGGAGGAUGAACCAGAACCUGAUAAUAGUUCUGAAUGCGGGGCUGCUUCAUCCAUUUAUGCUCUGGAAAGUACUGACGCAAAUCAAGUGGAUUUUGAAAAGAAUGAACUUUUCUGGCUUCCUCCUGAACCAGAAGAUGAAGAAGAUGAGAUGGAAGCUGACUUGUUUGACGAUGACGAUGAGCCUGUAGCUGAUGGUCAACAGUGUGGCAUUCGGUCCCCAAGUAGUUUUGGUAGCGGAGAAUUCCGAAGUAGAGAUCGGUCAAGUGAAGAACAUAAGAAAGUAAUGAAAAACGUCGUUGAUGGACAUUUCAUGGCUUUGAUUUCUCAGCUAUUACAGGUGGAGAAUAUUUCAUUACAUGAAAGUGAUGACAUCGGUUGGUUGGAGAUUGUUACUUCGGUAUCAUGGGAAGCUGCAAAUUUCCUCAGGCCAGACACAAGCCAAAGUUGUGGCAUGGAUCCUGGUGGAUAUGUCAAGGUUAAGUGCUUAGCAUGUGGGCAUCGCAGUGAAAGCACUGUUGUAAAAGGGGUAGUCUGUAAGAAGAAUGUUGCGCAUAGACGCAUGACAUCAAAAAUAGAAAAACCUCGACUCCUCCUACUUGCAGGAGCUCUUGAGUACCAUCGAGUGACGAAUCAGCUGUCAAGUAUUGACACGUUGCUUCAGCAGGAAACAGAUCACCUUAAAAUGGCUGUCGCAAAGAUUGUCGCUCAAAAACCCAACUUACUUUUGGUUGAGAACUCAGUUUCUCGCUAUGCUCAAGAUUUACUUCUAGAAAAGAACAUAUCACUUGUUUUAAAUAUCAAGCAGCCCCUCAUGCAGCGUAUAGCUCGUUGUACAGGUGCUCAGAUAGUUCCUUCUGUUGAUCUCCUACCAUCUCAGAAGCUUGGUUAUUGCGAGUUAUUUCAUGUAGAUAAAUACUGUGAACAUUCUGUUAGCUCGGGUCAUAUGGUGAAGAAAAUGUUGAAGACCAUGAUGUUUUUUGAAGGAUGCCCAAAGCCAUUGGGUUGCACUGUUCUGCUGAAGGGUGGUAGCAUGGAUGAGCUAAAGAGAAUUAAGCAUGUGGUCCAGUAUGGCAUUUUUGCUGCAUAUCACUUGGCCUUAGAAACAUCUUUCCUUGCAGACGAAGGUGCUACCCUACCAGAACUUCCCUUGAAGUCUCCAUUGACUGUAGCCUUGCCAGAUAAGCGUUCUGCUGCAGAAAGCUCCAUUUCGACAGUGCCAGGUUUCACAGUUAAUGUUUCCAACAAUCAGCAGACAACUGAUAGUAUUGGGCACCUUGGCUCAGAUUCCAUUAUAUCAACUGACCCAGGUGAAACCACUGUGGUUGAACCACCAGUGUCUAGUGAAUGCCUUACUUCUCAAACGAUAGACUCUCGCUCUUUUGGACCUUGGUAUGCUAAGAGUGGUAGUUUUAACAGUGGGAGUGGUGAUGGACUAGUAAAGGUCACUGUAACUGCAGCAUCUGUUUCUACACCUACAUCUGGGGUCCUCAGAAACCAUUCACCUAUAUAUUCUACUAUGGAGAAAAACCAUAUGCAUUCUGGUGAUUAUCAUGACAAUGGUUCAACCAGAUCACAUGGUCACGUGGUGACAACAGAUUCAGCCAAAACAUUGAGUCGUCAUCAAUAUACCAUGUUUGAGACUAGCACUAAUAUUCCGAGUUGUCCUAAUCUGAAGGAACCGUUAGAAGGUUCAAAUGUUUUGGCUAAUGUGAAAACUGUCAGUAAUAAUAAUAUGGUUGUAGUCCAACCAGUGUCUAGUCCUGCUGUACAGAAUCAAGAAACAAGUCAAGGACAUGAUAGCACAUCAAAUAAGGAAGAAGUUGUGGCUUCUGACCAUCAGAGCAUCUUAGUCUCAUGGUCCACACGUUGUGUCUGGAAAGGGACUAUUUGUGAACGUUCCCAGCUACUACGCAUCAAGUAUUAUGGUAACUUUGACAAGCCCCUUGGAAGGUUUUUGCGGGACUACCUGUUUGAUCAGGGUUAUCAGUGCCGAUCCUGUGAUAAGCCACCUGAAGCCCAUGUCCAUUGCUAUACUCAUCACCAGGGAAGUCUAACAAUAUCAGUUAGGAAACUUACGGAAUUUGUUUUGUCAGGAGAAAGGGAUGGCAAAAUUUGGAUGUGGCACAGGUGUCUGAAGUGCCCCUGGAGUAACGGAUUUCCUCCAGCAACUCAAAGGAUUGUCAUGUCUGAUGCUGCUUGGGGUUUGUCACUUGGUAAAUUUUUGGAGCUUAGCUUUUCAAACCAUGCAGCUGCUAGUCGGGUAGCCAGUUGUGGUCAUUCUCUCCACAGGGACUGCCUUCGGUUCUAUGGGUUCGGCAAAAUGGUAGCUUGCUUCCGAUAUGCACCUAUUAGUGUUCAUUCUGUCCUUUUACCACCUCAUAAACUUGAUUUUGGUCACCAGCCUUUGGAUUGGAUACAAAAAGAAGCGAAUGAGGUCAUUGACCGGGCAAAGCAUCUUUUUGAUGUAGUAUUACAUACUUUACACCCAACCUUUGAUAAAAAGGCACAUGGCGGUUCCCUCAACCUGGAAUCUAGCUAUUACAUUGCCGAACUCGAAAGCAUGUUUCGAAAGGAGAAGUCAGAAUUCGAGGGGUGUCUGAAUAAAGUUUUGAAAAAGGAGGUGCAGAAAGGUCAACCAGACAUUCUUGAGAUCAAUAGGCUGAGGAGACAGUUACUCUUCCAUUCAUACUUGUGGGAUAGAAGACUGGUAUUUGCUGCAAAAUCAGAUAGGAGUCGUCAUGAAUUAUUUAACUUCAGACAAGGAGAUAAGGAUAAGAUUCAUUCUGGAGAUAGUGUUGCUGAGCCAAAUGGCACAACAAAGCCUCAAACUGAAAAUAGUGGCAAUGAGGCUGCCAAUAAAGAUGUGAAAUUUGUUGAAUGCCUUCAGGAGAGCAUUUGUGCAGGAAAUUGCCCUGCAGUUGAUGCAAGUAAUACCAAUUCCAAUCAUGACCAGCAAAUGGCCACAAGUGAACCGGACUCUCUUCAGAGAGACAUCAAAACUCCUCUGUACAGUAGUGUCAGUGUGAGCGGGGAAUCGGUUCCCUUGGAGACAGAUCUUGUUGCUCGGCGCACCCUUUCAGAAGGGCAGUUUCCCAGUUUAUUAGAUGUGACGAAUGCACUUGAGGUGAAAUGGAUUGGUAAAGAUGAUCCUGUUUCUAGCAAGGUAACCAUGCCAGAUUCUAUAGCAUCCUCUGAGGACUCAGAAGAACAUAUGGGUGAUGUUACACUUUCAUAUGCCUCUGUAUUGUUGAACAAGCUAGGGGACAGUGCUGAAGACCAUUCUAGUUGGAUAGGGGUGCCUUUCUUGCAGUUUUACCGUUCUCUCAAUAAGCAGUGGAAUCGUUCAAACAGGUUUGACGCUCUCAAUGAUUAUAGUCCUGUUUACAUUUCUUUCUUAAAGGCCAUGGAGCGUCAGAUUGGACCCAAAUUUCUCUUUCCAAUAGGCAUCAAUGACACUGUUGUUGGUGUUUAUGAUGAUGAACCUACUAGCAUUAUCUCUUAUGCACUUGCCUCUCAUGAAUACCAUCUCCAGCUGUCAGAUGAGCUAGAAAGAGAUACAAUAGACACUUCACUCCCAAUAUGUGACUUGAGAAGUGCCUCAUUAACUGAAUUGUUGGAUGAAACCACAUCGGAACUUCUAAGAAGUGUUGUCUCUACUGAGGACAAUAUCCUCUCCAUGUCAGGAAGCAAGAACCCGUCCACUUCAGAUUCACUUGGAUAUAGAAAAGUAAAUCACAUUAAGGUGAAUUUUGGGGAUGAAGGUCCUCUAGGACAGGUGAAGUACACUGUGAUUUGUUAUUAUGCAAAACAGUUUGAUGCCCUGAGGAGAAUAUGCUGUCCAUCGGAGCGUGAUUUUGUCAGGUCACUAAGUCGUUGCAAGAAAUGGGGUGCUCAAGGAGGCAAGAGCAAUGUAUUCUUUGCAAAAUCACUGGAUGAUAGGUUCAUAAUUAAGCAGGUUACUAAAACCGAAUUAGAAUCUUUCAUGAAAUUCGCUCCAGACUAUUUCAAAUAUCUAUCUGAGUCAAUUGGCACUGGCAGUCCCACUUGCAUUGCAAAAAUUCUUGGUAUUUAUAAGGUUAAGAGCCUGAAAGGUGGUAAGGAGAUGAAGAUGGAUGUUCUAGUGAUGGAAAACCUUUUGUUUGAACGUCAUGUGACAAGAUUGUAUGAUUUGAAGGGUUCCACAAGAUCAAGAUAUAACCCAGACUCUAAUGGUAGUGAUAAAGUACUUCUUGACGAGAACCUAAUCGAAGCGAUGCCUACAUCCCCAAUUUUUGUCGGAAACAAGGCAAAGCGGCUACUAGAGAGAGCUGUUUGGAAUGAUACUUCAUUUCUUGCUUCCAUUGAUGUAAUGGAUUACUCUUUGCUUGUUGGUGUUGACGAGAAAAGACACGAACUCGUUAUGGGAAUCAUAGAUUUUAUGAGGCAAUAUACAUGGGACAAACACCUAGAGACAUGGGUGAAAGCUUCAGGAAUAUUAGGCGGACCGAAGAAUGUAUCGCCAACAGUUAUUUCACCAAAGCAGUACAAGAAACGGUUCAGGAAAGCCAUGUCCGCCUACUUUCUUGUUGUUCCUGAUCAAUGGUCGCCUCCAGUGAUUUGCCCCGGCAAGCAGUUGGCUGAGAGUGGCCAAGACAUCGAUCAGGUUCACUCGACAGAAUAGAGAGAUGCAGAACCUCAAAGUGCAGGAAAGCAUUUUGUAGAACAACUCGAUUUUUCGGGGGUGACAUACAGAGAUUUUGAUUAAUUCUUUCUGGGUGGUCUUAUUUAUCUGGCCCUUUUUUAUUUGUUUAUUCUUGGAACCUCAAGAUGUAUAAAAUCUUAGCUCAAGUCUGAAUGUUCUUAGAUAGAAGGAAAUGGAUCAGCUAGUGUCAAAUAGGAGUGUAUAGACUGCCCACCAUUUACAUAAGUCCAUACUGUAUCGAGUUAAUAUACCCUGUACAAAAGUUAGAAUUGUCUGCCGCCUUUUGCUUGUUGGUUCUUCAUAUAUGCUAUAUGUUAGGUGUACUUUACUGUGAGA